UAAAUUCUUUGUAAAAAGCGAGAUAAUUUACGUAUUGCACAGCUGAUAAUUUACGUAGCCCGGACCUAUUAACUUUGGAACAGAAAAAUCGUCCUAAUUUUGAAGGUUUCGUCGUGGUGGAUUUAAUGGGGAAAUAUUUUAAAUCAGACCAAUGAUUCGAGCUACAACAUAUUCUGAAUUUUCAAAAUGGGAAAAUCUAGCACAAUAUAACAUUAACUUUUGUCCUCUACUCCAUGCAUGUGCAUGUGGGAGGACUAGAUGAGGUGUUUAUAGUUAUCCCUAAAAAGUAAAGUUCUCCCGUUAGUUUCUAUUAUGCUGUUGUUCACUGGCAGAGCAUGGCAAAUCAAGAAAAAAAUCAUGGGAAUUUAUGCUGUCACGAAGAUGAUGAAUUUCUUCAACAAGCACGGCAAAUCCUUGCAAAAAAACAGAACUAGACGGAUUUGUCAUCCUUGCGAAAGAAAUUAGCCAUCCUCCACUAACAUAAAUUGUCAUAUGAAACUUUAAAUUUGCCACUCUCACCUGGCGAACGUUUGCUUGUUAUCUUUAGCUGAUAAUUUUGGAAGAGAACACCCGGGUGACAAUUUUUGUGAUGAAAACAUCCCGGUGCACUGUUUCUAUGAAUAAGACGCACCAACCAAACCAAGGUCUGGCUGCUUAGAUGUAACGAGUGAUGGCACAUCGAAAUAUUUUCAGCCUUGUAGACAGCACGUCAACUUCAUACAAUUCCGUGUCACAGACAACAUUGACAAAGUCAAACAGAUAUUCGGAGAGAAAUGGAAGUUGAAUUUGACUUUGUGAUAUUUGAUCGAGCAAUUGACGUCACCACAAAGUAAGACGAAUAACUAGAAAAAAAUAAAAUUACUACAAACAAGCUAAAGGAAAGUCCCACCAGCUAAAACAAAGUAGCAUGAAAAUGAAAAAAAUCCACCAAAAUUCGAUCAGAGAGGCAGAGAAGGGCCCAAACCAAGUGGUUAGGCGUCCCAUGCUACCAAAUAAACAGAGCAGUAUUUCCUACCAGACAUGAACAACCAGCCGGACAAAGGUGUCAUGUUCAAAUUUUCCCUUUUCUGUCGAUGUCUCUGUAUGAUCAUACAUCAUGGCAACGCAAUCCAGAGACGAGCUCCAUUAUUGAUCAGAUAUAUAAAUAGAGUUCUGGCCUGUUUCUGUUGUCCACUAUCGAUCAGCAAGAAUGUUAGCAAGAAUCCUUCCUGAAGUCUGUCACAUUCUUUGUCGCCAAUCAGUCUCCAGUCCCAACCAAGAGGAGUAGUUAACUUCCGCUUGUAACAUCAAAUUAAGCCGUGAACAUUCGAUUGAGAAAUCAAAUCGCAAUGGAGGGCGAUCAGCUGAGCAGCCCUCUGGCCGGUCACCACCACAGCAUCGACAUUGACAUCGCGGCGGAGGCGAAAUCAGCGGACGCCGUUGACGGCGAGGCCGGGCGGAAGUGGCUGCGCAAGCUCACGUCGGCGACGGUGAACAAGGCCGUGAUGAGGGACCUCAUCGCGCGGACGCCCAUGCUGUGGUACCUCGCCGAGCGCUCGGGCACCAUCCUCCGCCCGCGCACCCGCCGCGCCGUGGGCGCCGAGGCGCUCCACGCGGUGCGCGCCGUGGCCAUCGGUCCGUUCCACCGCGGCGACCGGGGUCUCCCCUUCCCCGACGACUCCAAGCUCCCGUUCAUGCGCUACCUGCAGGAACAGUGCGGGCUCAACGUCGACGCGUACGUGGCGGCGCUGUCGGCGGAGCGCGACCGCCUCCGCGACGAGUUCGCCGACGACGACGCGGACGCGGGGGCGGAUGACAAGGCGCUGCUGGACGACGAGGAGAAGUUCCUGCAGAUGCUGCUCCUGGACAGCUGCUUCGUCCUCGUCGUGAGCAUGAUGCUCAGCAAGACCGGCGUCGGUGAGGACGCCGACAGCGCGGCGCGGGCGGCGUCCAUCAACAGGGAGUACUUCAUACUGCACAUGGCCGUGGCGCAGCACGCCGAGCAGAUCAAGCUCGACAUGCUGGUGCUCGAGAACCAGGUCCCCUUCGCCGCCGUCAAGCUGCUCGUCGCCGCCUGCGGCAGGCUGAAGCUCCGCCACUCCGUCGAGGAGGUGGUGCUCGGCUGCUUCGACGACGUCUGCCCAAAGCGGGCAUGCCUCGCCCGCGACGCGGCGAGCGCGGAGUUCCACCACGUCCUGCACCUCUUCCACUGGUCCCGCGUGCCGGCUAACAAAUACUGCAUCCUCUCGACGCCACUGAAGCUCCUCAAGAUCAAGAAGGAGUCGGAGCGGCUGUUCCCCUGCUCCAUGGAGCUGCGGCACUCGGCGGUGUGGUUCCGGCAGGCGGCGGCGUCGACCUGCCAAGGCGACCUGGACAUGUCGUUCUGGAGCCGGCCGGCGAGCCCCGUGGCGGUGAUGAGCAUCCCGUGCUUCCACGUCCACGAGUAUAGCGCGGCGGUGCUGUACAACAUGCUGGCCUUCGAGAUGCGGUUCCACUGGGCGCACGGCGCAUGCAUGACGACGCACGUUGCCCGGAUGGAGGGACUCGUGCGGUGCCCGCAGGACGCGACGUUUCUGCGCCGGCGAGGUGUCCUUUCCGCCACGCGGCUGACGGACGCGGAACUCGUCUACUUCUUCCGGGAGCUCGGGGCGCAGACAGUCGGCGCGAGGCUGCCGGAUGAGUUCGGCCAGAUGGUCGACGCGGUGGCGUGCCACCGGAGGCGGCGGGUGAGCUGGUGGUGCGGCGGGUUCGUGCUGCACUUCUUCCCGUCGCCGUGGGUGGCCGUCUCGCUUCUAGCGGCGGCCGCAAUUUUCGUCGUGCCGUCCAUGCUGCAGACGGUAUAUACCAUGCUCGGCUAUAUCAAAAGUACCUAGUUCGGGUGAGCAUAUAGAGGCCAGACUUGCAAAUCCGACACCUAAGAGCAUAUCUAGUAGAACCCUCAAAUCCUCAACCCCUUACAGCGUGUUUGGCAGCGAUGGGUAGAAGGAAUAAGAAUUUAGAGAUGGGAGUUUGCAGAGGGAUUACCAUGGGAAAUUGAUAUUAAAUCUCAUUCCUUUGAUUGGCAUGUGAAGGCAAUUAGACCAAGGAAUUUAAGAGAGACUUAACUGCCCUGUUUGGUUGAUAGGAUUAGGCUGCGGAAUAGGAAACUUUGAACGGCACCCAUUCGCGUGCGCACGUAACAAAUAAACUGAAU